UUAAGUAACUUUGAAACCAUCUAUAUAUCGACAUAUCGAUAUAUCACGUCACCCAAAGCCACGGCCCCGAGGGUGUCACUUGUACAACAUCGCCUCGGGGAGACCGGGAUACCCCGAUCAUGGAACGUGAGGGAAGCAGCUCAGGUCCUAAUAAACGCCGUCUCCUUCCACUGGCACCGGCUCCCGCAAGCGGUUCGGGACAAGGCGCAGGUGCGGGAACUGCCACAAAAGGAAGGAGGCAGGUCACGGCGGCGUGCGAAGCAUGUCGGAGAAGAAAGUCAAAAUGUAAUGCUGAGCGCCCAAAGUGCAGCCUCUGCGUUAGGCAUGAAACGGAGUGCAAAUAUGCAACCGCUCCGACGGAGACACACUCACAGGCAUUGAAACGGAAGCACAGCGAACUCCAGGAUCGCAUCACUCCAUACGAGGAAUUAUUCGACAUCCUCAAAUCUAAAUCCGAGACUGAAUCUCUCGAGAUCCUGAAGAGGAUCCGGUCCGGCAACGAUGUUGGAUCUAUCCUACGCCAGGCCAGGGAUGGCGAUCUCCUGAUGCAGCUUUCUUUGGCCCCUGAAGCCCGUCGCCGAUACGAAUUCCCCUAUAUAUCCGAUAUGCCCCCCUCGAUCAUGGUCUCAGAUAACUUGUAUCUACGCUCUUUCAUCUACGAAACCACAUUCCACGCUCAUCCCACUCAUGGUUCUGCACUUGAUACCUAUCGUGAAGGGUACGGUGAUGACAGAUACCUCAAGCCGUAUCAUGCAGCUCAACUUGUUGACCCGAGCUUCUCCGACCUUAAAAUCUCAGAAUGGACUCCUGUGAUAAAGGACGAUCACAUAUUAAGAAGGCUUCUCCACGCCUACUUAUACUAUCAACAUCCUUGGACCGCCGCAUUUCACAUGGAUUAUUUCCUCAAAGACAUGAUUUCGGGACGGACACGAUUCUGCUCAGCUUUAUUAGUCAACGCCGUUCUUGCCUCUGCAUGCGCCAUGAGCCGUGAACUUCCAGACCGAAAUAAAUUCUGGGUUCCCCAAACCCUCGGCUACCAAUUCCUAGCCGAAGCAAAGAGGCUUUGGGAAAUCGAAAGCAAGUGUGUGCCUGGUAAGCUAACAACGAUACAAGCGUCCAUCGUCCUCAGCAUCGUGGCGACCACCACCGCCAUGGAUAAGGUCGGCACGUCAUACUUGCUCCAAGCCAUGGCCAUGGCAACCAACCUGAACCUGUUCACUCCUACCUGCGGUACGCGAGAUGGGGAAAUGCGAAGGGCGCGAGCAUUCACUGCGUGGGGACUAUUCUGCUGGCAGGGGUGGCAACGUUUCUACUUCGGCCGGCCCCCUCUCCUCGAAAAACCCCCAGCGUACCCUGCUCCAGACCCGAUGCUCGACCCCAAGUGGUACGGCGAGGUAUGGAUACGCUACCCCCUGAGCCAGAACAUAUACCCGACAAACCUAGGCUGCACCAUCAAAGCGAACUUCGAGCUACGGCAGCUGAUGAACGAGAUGGGUUCCGAGCUCUUCGAAGAGAAUGGCCCCCCUCAUAUGAACGCGGAGAAGGCCCUCGAGUGCAAGUCCAAGCUGGACAACUGGUUUGCCAAUCUUCCAGAGCCUCUUAUGCCUACUAAGGUCGUGCUGCCGGAUCAUAUCAAGAUACACAUAGAAUACUACGGCACCAUGAUAACCCUCGUCCGCCUGCUCGCCCAAUGCGGCACACCCCUAGACCUAACCUGGCAAAACGUGAUCACGCACUCGGAAGUGCGUCUCGAGACGCUUCUGCGACUGUACUACCUGCGACACAGCUACGAGUCCUACGACCCUCUGCUAAUGCACUGGCUCAUGUUCCUGGGCGACUCGAUCCUGCUCAAACUCGACACCCCCACCGCCGCCCUGCCCUCCCCUCCGUACCACCCGCGCCCGAACCCCGAAUCCCUCCGCUCGACCCUGAUCCUCUGCGCCAAGGGCCUGUGGGACCAGUCCCGCAACUUCCACAUCGCCGUGCUGCUGUACCGGCUCCUCCGCGACCGCAUGAAGGCGAACGACCUCGACAUCCUGCGCACCCACAUCUUCAGCAGCUCCAGCUCUUCGCCCUCGCCGAGCGGCGGCGGCUCCGGUGGUAACAAUAACAACAAAAACAGCGGCGGUAGCAGCAGCAGCAGCAGCAGUCCCUCGACCACCAGCGGCGGCGCCGCCGUCGUCGUGGACGACGACGACGAGCCGCUCAUGACGCAGUACGUCCAGGCGCAGUGGCUCGCGCCCAUCGUCGCGCCGGCCGACACCGACGGCGACGACUCGUCGAAGCGCACGCUCGACUACCUGCUCCGCGAGUAUGAGAAGCUAUCCAUCGACCGGCGGGGGGAAGCCGUCGACGCCGACGCCGAAGCGGACACCGAAGGGGACACCGAUGCCGACGCGGGGACCGAGCUGCUGAGGACCCCGCCCCCGCCCAAGCACACCUGACUCUCGCGGACGCUGGUCUCGGAGUACCUCACCCGCGUGCUCGGCUCCCGGUUCGGCGACUUCUUGCCUAGGAUGAAGGAGCUGAUGGAGAGCUAGGUGUAGUAGGCUGGGGAUUGGCUUAGGUUUUCUGGGGAGGUACCUUGCUUGUUUGCUUGCUUGCUUGCCUACGUACCUGGUAGGUGGGCAGGUAUUAGUAGAGGUACCGAGGAAGCUAUAUAGAUCCCCAAGCUCACUGAGCAGCGGGUGGUAUUCCGGUUCCGGCGUCCGAUGGAUUGAUCCAAUCUGGUCAUUUGACACCAUUUGACCACACCUACGAUACAAUACAUAAAGGCUCGGAUCAACUCAGCUAAUCCACGGCUCUACUAUUCUGGGAUACGUCCGACAAACCCGUAUACCCGCAUAAAGAGCCGUAGAUCGCUUGAGUUGAUCUGAGCCUUGGAC